AUGCAGGGAGGUAAGAAGCAGGCAGGCAGGCAGGGAAGUAAGCAGGCAGGACAGGGAGGUAAGCAGGCAGGCAUGGAGGGAGGUAAGCAGGCAGACAGACCGACAGGGAGGUAAGUAGACCGGCAGGGAGGGAGGUAAGCAGGCAGACAGACCGACAGGGAGGUAAGUAGACCGGCAGGCAGGGAGGGAGGGAGGUAAGCCGGCAUGGAGGCAAACAAUCAAGGAUAGGGUAAUAGGCGUAUGUUCCCUUUAAAGCCACGGCUGUUCAAAUGGUGUGUGUCAUACUCCCACUGUUCCUCUGCCCUCUCUAUUCUGAGACAGUCCUCAUUUUCUCUCAAGGUCAAGUGUGUGUAGUCUACCUUUGCUCUCCUCUACUGCUCCACACCUCCCUCUCUCCCUUUUCCUCUUUCCUUCUGUCAUUCCACUCUCCUCGCACUGAUUCCCUCUCCUGUUCUCGCUCUCAUUCUCUUUCUCUCUCUGUCCCUCAGAUGUCGCUCAUCAACCUUGUUUAUUGCUUCCCCUUCUCUCCUCUCUCGGUCUCCCUCUUUCCUUUCCUUCAUUCCCUGUUCUCUCCAUUCCUCCCUCAUGUCCCUUCCUUCACUCGUCACUCUCACCCUGCUGUCUCCCUUUCUUUUUCAGGCUCUCUCACUUUCAGCCUAUCUCUCUCUCUUCCUCUCUCUCCUCUCACCCUCUCUCUCUUUCAACCUUUCAUCCCCCGCUCUCUCUUGCUGUCCACUCAUCCUGCAUCACUUUGACAUCCCCUAGCUGUCUCCCCUCCUCUCGUCCUUCCAUCCACCUCCUUUUCCUGAUCCGUUUUACCUCCAUCAAAGGUAUGGUGGGAAAUAUGUAGAUGUCAGUCAGUGUCAGGCAGAGAUCAGAGAGGACGGGGUUAAUAUGGCAGGGGUGUCACUGCUCUCAGGGUGUGUGUGAGAGCGACUUAAUGAUUGGUGACAGUACUUAGGAUGCCGACUUGAACAUUGAUGUGCUACUAUUAGAUGGCCCAAAUCGGUGUUGGGUGUGUGUAUGUGUUGGUGGGCGUGUUGUGUGUCACCCGUCCUUUAGGCGGUAAACUGAAGCACAGUAAAGUAGAGCAGCACUGACUGACACACAGCUUCUGUUCUCUCUCCUCCCUCUCCAUCCUACCCUUCAACCAUCUCCUCUCUCUCUGUUUCCUCUACCCUUCUCAAAUCAAAUGUUAUUCGUCACAUGCUUCGUAAACAACAGGUGCAGACUAACAGUGAAAUGCUUACUUACAGGCCCUUCCCAACAAUACAGAAAGGGGGAAAAUACAAAUAAUAGAAAAACUAACUAGGCAACAGGAUAGACUAUAAACAGUAACAGCAGUGUAUGUGAUGAGUCAAAAGAGUUGGUGCAAAAAGGAUCAAUGCAGUAAGUCCGGGUAGCUAUUGGUUAACAUACUGAACAAAAAUAUAAACACAACAUGUAAAUGUUGGUCCCAUGUUUCAUGAGCUGAAAUAAAAGAUCCAUAAUUUUUCCAUAUGCACAAAAAGCUUAUUUCUCUCAAAUUUUGUGGCCAAAUUUGUUUACAUCACUGUUAGUGAACAUUUGUCCUUUACAAUAUAAUCCAUCCACCUGACAGGUGUGGCAUAUCACAAAGCUAAUUAAACAGCAUGAUCAUUACACAGGUGCACCUUGUGCUGAGGACAAUAAAAGGCCACUCUAAAAUGUGCAGUUUUGUCACACAACACAAUGGCAACGUUGUUUUAGAUAAUUUGGCAGUACGUCCAACCGGCCUCAUAACCGCAGACCAGGUGUAACCACGCCAGCCCAGGACCUCCACAUCCGGCUUCUUCACCUGCAGGAUCUGAGACCAGCCACCUGGACAGCUGAUGAAACUGAGGAGUAUUUCUGUCUGUAAUGAAGUCCUUUUGUGGGGAAAAACUCAUUCUGAUUGGCUGGGCCUGGCUCCCAAGUGGGUGGGCCUAUGCCCUCCAGGCCCACCCAUGGCUGCGCCCCUGCCCAGUCAUAUAAAAUCCAAAGAUUAGGGCCUAAUGAAUUUAUUUGUAAACUGUAACUCAGUAAAAUCGUUAAAAUUGUUGCAUGCUGCGUUUUUAUAUUUUUGUUCAAUAUAUUUAACAAACUAUUUGGCAGUCUUAUGGCUUGGGGGUAGAAGAUGUUCAGGGUCUUGUUGGUUCCAGACUCCUCUCGCUCUCGGUUUUCUCUACCCUUCAAUCCUCUCUCUCUUUCUCCCUCCCUCUCCUCUCUCUCUCUCUCUCCUUGCCUCUCCCCCUUCAAUCUUCUCAUCUCCAUCCUCUCCUCCUUAUUCUAUUUGAAUCUGUCCACUUCACUCUUCUCUAUAUUUAUAGUUUAAUAUUAGUUAUCUGUUUUAAGGCAUCCUUACCUUAGUGACACAAAUUAGGUGUGUGUGUGUGUGGUGUGGUGUGUGUGUGUGCACGCUUAUCAAUACAGUUCUGUGUAAUGACCUGUGGCAUGCAAAGUUGACUCAAUCCAUACUCCCCAGUGGAGACGAGCAAUCCUGGGUUUCAAUAGCCCUCCAUCCCUCCCUCCUUCCCUCGCUAGAGCCGAGCAGGUCCCAGAGCUAAUCUGUAGUGGGUCUAGCUGCUGCCUGAUCCCUCCCGAACACUCCCAUCACCUAGAUCACACAGCAAUAGGCCCUACACUAGGGCAUAAUACAUACAGGGUUUCAAGGUCUGGAGAGGCACCAGGAUCCAGCUAGAACACACUCAGAUUCUGAACCCUUCACCCCGUGCACUGAUUCAUUCACUUCACUCCCACUCGUUGAUUUGCCAGUAUAAGAACUGAACCUUAUCUGUGAAGGAAUAUGGUGGAAACUCCCUAUAGCCCCAUGCUUACACCAACUGAAUGCUGUUAAUACCAUGAGGGGGCGUGAACAAGUGCACACUUCAGAGAGAAGACUGGGAAAUGGGAUUGCAACCAGUGCUUCUGGCUCUAUUCAGUCAUAGCAGCAAUCUCAGGGUGGUUGUAAAGAGGUUAUGUGGUUGCAGAAGGGUUAUUUUGUGGUUUGAGUCGGUGCUGGGAGAGAUGGUGGGUUAUUCUAGAAAUACCUUGCUUGUUUCUCUCUCUCUCUCUCCUCUCUCUCUCUCUCUCUCUCUCUCUCUCUUCUCUCUCUCCUCUCUCUCUCUCUCUCUCUCUCUCUCUCUCUCUCUCUUUCUCUCUCUCUCUCUCUUAAGACCAUGGUAGCAGUAGGCUGGGAUCUCAUCACCACCAGAGAAGACGUCAGUCCUGGCCUUCUCUCUCUCUCUCUCUCUCUCUUUCUCCCCUCUCCCCUUCUUUUUAAAGACCAUGGUAGCAGAGGUAGGCUGUGUGGAUUGCUCAUCACCACCAGAGAAGACGUCAGUCCUGGCCUUUGACUCGUGUCUCCAUAGGGAUGGUGUGUUUUCCACCCCAUCUUCUUCUCUAGUCUUAGUCUCUAGAGGAUGGACAAACCAGUAGAACCAGUUAUGAUGCUAAUUGUUUGUCUUGACGGGAACAUCGAUUUCAGUAUCAAUCACAUGGGUGUGUGAGUGUUGAUACACACAUAUGGGAGAGUGACACACAGAGACACAGAGAGAGACAGAGAAGACACAGGGAAACACAGAAGGGACACAGAAGAGACACAGAAGAGACACCAGACAACACACAGUAGAUACAUCACAGAGACACAGAGAGAGACACACAGAGACCCAGAGAGAGAGACAGAGAGAAAUCGAUAUGUUGGUAAACAUUGACAGGUGUGUCACACUAGAUAGUUUGUGUCUUUACGUAGAACAGGUAGAUCAGACAGACACACCGAUGCACAUUCAUUCAUACAGUUAAUUACAUUUUCACGCAGACAUGGAUGAAAGACACAUUCUGGUGACUUGUCAGGACGUUGUGGUCCUGAUAAUGUAGGAAACAUGUACACACAAACACACACCAAUCCCUGUACACAGUGUGUGUGCCUGCACCGAGUAAAUGGCUGGUUCUAGAAAAGCAUAAGCCAUCCAAAUGAUUUAUGACCUGUGUGGAGCAGACUGGUGUUUUUCCUCUUCACUACAUGUCCCUGUUUCCUCCACUCAUCGCUAGAAUGGGGGGCGUGCACGAACACACACACACACACACACACACACCCCUCUAGCAGACUCCUGGAACGUUGACCUACUUGCUUACUGUAGGUAGUCUUAAUGGCGUUCCAGACGAUUCCACAGUACUAUAAUCUGUCAUCGGACAGACUAGGGCCUGGUCCCAACAAGCUUCCUCUCCUCAUCAGGCAGACUGGGGCUGGGGCCUGGUCCCAAUAGUCUCAACAAGCUUCCUCUCCUACUCUCCUUUCCUUCAUGGCCUCUGACGUAGAACAGGGAGGGGAAAACCGGAAGCCGUGGUGAAAGGUGCACUAACGUCCUCUCCUCUUCCUCCCAGGGGCGGUGUCUCAGCAGGUGAAGGUGGAACCGGAGGUGAUGUCAUACCCCAGCCAGGCGGUCAACCUGAGGUGUGCCUUUACAGACGCUGGAGGGAUACAGCUCACACAGGUCAGUGUCCGACAGACAGGAACUCAAAUGUAGACAAAUGGAUAGGUUUUUACAACUUGAGAAGAAAGUCAUAAAUGAUAAUCAAAGGCACACAUACAGGAACUAAUGUCUGUACUCGUGGGUUUUACCGUCUUAACAAUUUACGUCCAUGGCCAUUAACAAGAGAAAAUUAUACAUUAUUAUAAAGACACUUUGUCCUUGAUCAUCCAAGUUUACAUGCCUUGUACAGCUUUUAUCUACUUUAGUUUAGAUGGUAAUACAUGUACACAAAGAAAAUAGUAAAAGUAGCUGUUAUUUAUUUACCCCUUUUCCCCGUUUGACAGGUUGUGUAAUAUCUGAAUGAAUAAACUUGACUGUACUACGCAGGUAUCCUGGAUCUAUGAGCCCAAGGAGGGCGAGAGGCUCAACAUCGCCGUUUACCACCCUAGUUUUGGGGCAAGUUACCCCACAUCGCCCCUGAAGGGGCGUGUCAGCUUCACGACGAACCCCCCCUCCCUCAGUAACCCCUCCAUCCAGAUCUCGGACGUCAAGAUGACUGACGAGGGGAAAUACAUCUGUGAAUACGCCACCUACCCCAGCGGCAACGAACAGGGCGUCACCUCCCUCGUCAUGCUAGGUAGGACCGUAUGUGUGUCUUUCUUUAGGGUGUGUGUGUGUAUGUGUGGUCUGUUAUGUGUGUGUAUCCACGUUCUAUUAUGUAUCUGUGUGUAAGUGCUCUCGUGCCUCCCCCUCCCCCCAUCCCAUCCGACCUCUACCCUACAGGUUGAAAUCCUGUCCAUGCAGCUUAAUUGCUAUUAUAAAUGGUAUUGUCAGAUCAAUUGUGUUUUUGUUAAUGCGUUAGAACCAUUGCUCUAACCUUGGUGCAGCUCUCCCCUCGGGCGUUUAUUGAUCCGGCUGCUUGUCAUGCUUGGUGUCGGCUCUUUUCCUGAUCACUGUACUCACGUUCAACACCCAUGGAGAGACUGGGAGAGGGAGAACAAACAGAUAAAGGUUGUCUUGUUUUCUCCGGUCUCGUCGUUUAUCAAUAUUGGUGUUCAUUCAUUAUUCUCUCUUCCCUCCAUCCCUCCAUCAGCCAAACCCAGGAACUCUGCCUCCGGGGUAACAGCGAUAGCCUCCACUGUCGCCGCGGGAGCCAAGCCAGUUGUCGUGGCCCGCUGUGAGUCGGUCGACGGUCGCCCUGCUGCCCAGAUCGCCUGGGUGACGGCUGUCAACGGCAACGCUACCUCCGCCUCUAAGGCGGGCGUUGACAACACUGUGACGGUAUCCAGCGAGUACAUGCUGGUUCCCACAGCAGCAGACAACGGCAAAGACAUCAGCUGUGUGGUGUCCCACCGGACCCAGGCCAAGCCUGAGAGCUUCCUGAUGAAACUGACCAUAGAGUGUAAGGCCGCUGCACACACACACACUUACUCAUGCAGACCGUAUUCUCAGACCUUUUUAAUGUUGUCAUGCAUAUGCGUCAGAAUACAAUUAUUUUCUCCCUGUAGGAAGUAACACUAAUUAACCUCUCUCUCCCCCUCUCUCUCUUUCUCUAUCCCUACCCCCUCUCUCUCCCUCAGACCCCCCACAGGUGACCAUCGGGGGCUAUGAUGAUAACUGGUACGUGGGUCGGACCAACGUGGCUCUGACCUGUCAGGCUACUGGCAACCCCAUCCCUACCACCCUCACAUGGAAAACGUGAGUGUCAGUCCGUCUCUUUGUCAGUCUCGGUCUCUCUCGUUCUUUAUCACUCCAUCCACAGGCCACUAUAAACCACAGAUAGUAUUAUGAUCAUAAUGAUCAACUCUACAGCCAAUGGCCUCUUAUCUUAUUCCAUAGUGGAGUUUGACUCCAGGUUCAACCCCAGUAGAAACAAUAAGCCAUGCGGUGUCCUGACUGGCUGGUUCAAAGCCAGUUACUUGUAUUAUGUUUUUGUAGGGAGAUCUGAGCCAGGUUCCAAUACUUAUGUUUUCCUCCCUCUCUUCCACCCCCUCCUCCUCCUCCACUCUCCCUCUACUCCCAGUAUGACCGGUCAGAUGCCAGACACAGUGCAGAUAAAAGAAAAUGUGCUGACCGUGCUGAAGGUGGAUGAGCAGACCAACACAACCUUUGUCUGCGAGGCCAAGAACCGCCUGGGCACCGGCAAGGACCAGGUCACUGUUAUGGUCAGAGGUGAGUCAACACACACCUGAACACACACACUUGAAAUGACUGUAAUCAUACACAUGUGCAUGCUAUGCUACAAACACACCUGGACACACACCUGAAAACACACUUACUAUACAUGCAGGCAUGCCGGGUUAACACAACACACACACACACACACACACACACACACAGAGGGUGUGGUGACGCUUUCCUGUACUGUAGGGGUCAGGUAGAAGCAUGCUCUGUCCCUGGGGUUAGUGGUGGGGGGUGUUUGGUGUGAGCCAGUUUACUGGGCCUCUAUACCUCCGUUUGGGUUUUCCAUCUAUCCAUCUUCUACCCUUUGAAACCUUAUCACUCCUCUCUUUCUGUUCAUACCUAUGGAUCCUGUGAUGUUUGAGCUCUACUCGUCUGUUCAUCUACUGGUAGAAUGGAUUGAAUCAUCAUCAGAGACAGUUUCAAGUCUCUGUACACUUGCAGGCUUAGUUUAUUGAGGGUACGGUUUGCAUUGGACUGGACUGAAAGGCAACCCCAUGGCCUUGCUAUCUCCUUGUUGUGUACUGUGACAAACUCCACUAUGGAAUAAGAUAAGAGGCCAUUGGCUGUAGAGUUGAUCAUUAUGAUCAUAAUAUUAUCUGUGGUUUAUAGUGGCCUGUGGAUGGAGUGAUAAAGAACGAGAGAGACCGAGACUGACAAAGAGACGGACUGACACUCACGUUUUCCAUGUGAGGGUGGUAGGGAUGGGGUUGCCAGUAGCCUGACAGGUCAGAGCCACGUUGGUCCGACCCACGUACCAGUUAUCAUCAUAGCCCCCGAUGGUCACCUGUGGGGGGUCUGAGGGAGAGAGAGGGGGUAGGGAUAGAUCCACACUGCACCACUUGAAAGAGGGAUGUUCCGUGUUCGGUCGACCGCGCCCGUUUAAAUAAAGAACACUCUGUCCAUCUAUCCCUCCAUCCCUCUACAGCUUUAGCUUUCCCCUCCACGAGUUCCACCUUGCUCUCUCUCUCUCUUAUAAAAAAUACAUCCACCCCCCCUGAUCUGCACUUUACCUGAAGUCGUUUUGUGCUGACACGGGGGAAUGCAGGACAAAUGGAUAAAAAGUGCAAUUCACUGGUGAAUGUGUUUUAAAAACCACCAUUCCUCCUCCUCUCCUCUCCUCUCCUCCCCUCCCUCGCUCCGUCCCUCACCUCCUCAUGAUACUAAUGUGUUCUCUCUGAUGGGCCACUAGCGUCUCUCUGGGACAUAACGGACGUCCCCAUGCAGGCCCACUGGGUAUUACAGGCCUGGGUAUGGGUACAGGACAGGCGGCUGGGGGGAGGGAGGUAGAGAGAGGAGGGGAGAAAAAUGGGGAGGGGUGAUGGAGAGACUGAAAUGGGGAGAGAUUGGGAGAGAGAAAGGGGAAGGAUUGGAAGAGGGUAGAGGGGUAGAGAGAGUGUCUGUUUUUAGAAUAAAGAGGGAGGUGAGAGGGGAACAGGAUGCUGAUGGCAUUUAAAACCCCUAUGGGAAUCUAUGGCACUGCUUCUCCUCUCUCUAUGAUUUGUGUGUGAGCGAGCAGGCUGACAGUGCUGUGAGUGUGUGUGUAGCGGGGUGCUGUAGUGUAGUCUCUCUCUAUCCUCUCUGAGCGGAUCAGUCUGUCUCUGCUGCUUCAGCUCCUGGCUGCUUCUCCUUCUUAACUCCCUCCCUCCCCCUCAUCAUCCUGUCUCCCAUAAACUCUGCUGUCCAUCAUCCUGUCUCCCAGAAUUGUUAAUUUCCUGUCCUCCCUCUCUCUCCUCCUCUUCGGUCCGUCACCCCUACAUUCCCUCUUCUUUCCCUCUUCUCUCCCUGUCUUUCUUCUUCUCCCCCUCCCCCUUCAUCUCUCCUGCUAUACUCCCCUCCCUUAUUGUUUCUUGUCCUGUCCAGUCAUCUCCCUCUUCUCUCCUUUUCUCCUGUCAUUCCCCCUCCUCAGUGAGUAAGAGAGUCAAAAGGGGGAUGAAUGAACUGAGUGCAGGCACACACAGAGAGAGACGGAGAGAGGUAGUGUAAAAACCGAUGGAGUGCUAAUGCAGUGGAGCUGUGUCCAAACAGGGCUGAGAGGGGGCGAUGGGUGUGAAAUGACUAUAGCAGGCUCCUGCUGCUGCCCCUGUCCUGCUCCUGUCCUGCCCCCAGCUGUGUGACAACUGACUCACAGAGCCCUGCACAGGGUUAUGAGCUGACCUGGGACCUGUCUCUUUUGUCUGUCUGUGUCCCUGCCCCUGGUCCGGUCCUCUCUAACUAGCCUCAAUCCCAGGGAAGGACGGAAGGAUGGGGAGGGAGAGGCCAUCUCACUCUCCCUCCCUUCUCCCCCUUCUCUCUGUCAGUGUUCCUAUCAUGCUCCUACAGCGCUGUACUGAUCUGUGCUCAGUGGAGAGACAUGCCGUUAGCCAUCUCUGAGACCCCCUCUCUCUGUCUCUCUUAAAUACCAGCCCACAGCACUGAGCCUGUCUCCCUUUCCCCUCGAUCUCCCUCUCACCCCAUUCUCUCUCUCUCUCUCCCUUCCUUUCUCUCUCAUACCUCUCUCUCGCUCCCUCUCAUCCCCCUUUUCCCUCUCCCCCUCUCUCUCUCUCUCUCAUCCUGCUGAGCUGGUCUCUCCUUCUCUUAACGUUUAAAUACCAGCUCUCUUAAUCACUGCUUAGCUCCCCCGAUCCUGCACUGGAACCUGCUCCGCCGCGGUUAGCUAACCCACUUUCUGCCAUCCCCACUGUCUCCAAUCCCUAUUCCCAUGCACUGGUGUCACAUCAAAAUCCUUCCCCACCCGUUCAGAAGACUAACCUUUUUCCUUUCCGUUUCACAUAUUCCCCUGUAGUGGUGUCACAUAAAAAUUAGCCCCCCUUCAGAAGAUGAACCUCCUCCGUUCCGCUUCCCCCCAGUCUGUCUGUCUCUGGCCAUUUGUACAGAGAGGGGGAACAUAUCUAAUGUAGUCUGUUCCUCUCCAGCCUCCAGGCCUGACUGGCCCUCUGAUGACAUCCAUCCACCCCUCAUUAAGACAUGGUCAAGACCAGAUACAUGUAUAAUACUGUAUAAAUAGUCUGAUCCAGACCAUUCAAUAAGUCACAUUCUGUACUGCUGCAAACUCACCAUCUCUCUCUCUGUGAAGAAACCAGCCAAAAACCAACCAAUCCAUCUUCUCCCAUAAUAUAAUGUAAUGUAAUAUAUGCCCAUGCAUCACUGAGUGGUGUGUGUGGUUGGGGGUUGCUGCUGCAUGUCUUUGGGAGGCGGGCGGCAGCAGGCUUUAUUUCCGCCUCAUCUCUCUCAUUACUUGCGGUUACUUGGAGCUUAUGGUCAUGCAUGACGCAAUCUAUAAAAGGCAUCAUGUUUUCCUCAACCAGUGGUUUUUGUGCUGGAGCUACGCAUAGUGUUUUGGCAUACCGGACAGCCCCGGGGGCCAACGAGCUCUUGGGGCCCAUGCUCCUGUCUGACACAAAUAAUUGUGACAGUAACCCUCCAAAAAGUCAUUAAGAAUCUUUUUAAUGUACUAGGAAGCUAAGCAUUUGUUUCUUGGGCUUCAAGAAUGUGACUGAUCAAAGUGCCUCAGGCCUUGAAAAAUAAAUAAUUAAACUGAUUGAAAGUAUAAGGGGAUAUCGGUGAACAAAUGCCAUUGUCAAGGCUACGACGGCGCCAGUGCAGUGAGUGGAGCUUACCAGGAGUUCAAAAACGUAUGUCAGACCAAGAGCCUUAGGUAGUUCUUUUGAGUUUUAAUUUAGAAAACGAUCUCUCCGCAGAAGCGACAGUUACAGGGAUGGUUAAAAACAGCUUGAUUGCUGUAGCAAGAAAGGUGAACUGGGCAGAAGGGAGUGGGUGCUUCAAAUAUAGCAGUUCUGCAACAUCUUUAAUUGAGCCUCUCGCAUUCUUCUUAAUUGUCGGCCUCAACACGUUACGGAAAGAGAUGAACUGUAUAGGAAUCUCUGGGACACGUCGUCUGGAUACUGGACAGCCAGUAAAUUGGCAGAUGCAAACAGAUUAUUAUCUUGAGCGGACAACAGUUCUUGAGAGCUCAAACAAAAAAAGCACUUUGCGAGUUUGUUCAUACUGGUGAACCGCCAUUUCAGUUGUGUGGUUGCAAUGGUUUCAACAGUCCUUUAUCUUUGGUAUAUCUUGCUAUGCAUCAUUCAAGACUAAGUUUAAAUUGUGUGCCGCACAAUGGACAUAUAAUGCACAAUGUUUCUGGAAAGACUGUCUGGGUUGACAAUACUCAGUAUAGAAAACAGUCGGACCUGCAAUCUGUACCUACAGGUCAUGGUGAAAACAUUUGCACACAAAAAUGCAAGGUGAUGGAGCAGCAUAUAUAGGCCUCUACAUAGGAAAAAAGAGAUUGGCAUUAAUAGACUGGUUUUACGCAGUCCAGAGAAACUGCGUUGUGCCAUUGAGAGCGAGGGAGAUAUUUGAAUGCAUUUUUCAUUGAGAAGAUUGUGUACUGCUCUUCCCAAGGCACUGUGCUCAGUGUGUUGAUUCCCUGACUGGGAGAAGUGUGUGUGUGCGUGCACAAGGAAAAUUCUCUCUCGUGGUGAAAUUUUCCACAUCCCCACGAGGACAAUAGCUAUUUUAAGCUUAGGUUAUGGUUAGGGAAAAUAGGAUCUUGAAUGGAAAUCAAUUUUAGGUCCCCACAAGGAUAGUAAAACAUAUGGUGUGUGUGUGAUCAUGCUGGUGAGAGCUGGUCCCAUGCUGUUUAGAAUGCCAAACACCUUAGGAGAGGAAGCAUUUCUCUACAGGAAGCUGUUUAGUGAAACCUUGGAACACAACACUACUGUUCUCUACUAGCACUGUGCUGUUCUCUACUAGCGCUCUGCUGUUCUCUACUAGCGCUCUGCUGUUCUCUACUAGCGCUGUGCUGUCCUCUACUAGCGCUCUGCUGUCCUCUACUAGCGCUGUGCUGUUCUCUACUAGCGCUCUGCUGUUCUCUACUAGCGCUCUGCUGUUCUCUACUAGCGCUCUGCUGUUCUCUACUAGCGCUCUGCUGUCCUCUACUAGCGCUCUGCUGUCCUCUACUAGCGCUCUGCUGUCCUCUACUAGCGCUCUGCUGUUCUCUACUAGCGCUCUGCUGUUCUCUACUAGCGCUCUGCUGUUCUCUACUAGCGCUCUGCUGUUCUCUACUAGCGCUCUGCUGUUCUCUACUAGCACUCUGCUGUUCUCUACUAGCGCUCUGCUGUCCUCUACUAGCGCUCUGCUGUUCUCUACUAGCGCUCUGCUGUUCUCUACUAGCGCUCUGCUGUCCUCUACUAGCGCUCUGCUGUUCUCUACUAGCGCUCUGCUGUUCUCUACUAGCACUCUACUGUACCACCCAGACCAGCCACCAACCCUGUUGCCCCUGACCACAGAUCUAGUAUCAGAUUAACCAACCUUUAACCAUUGGGAGGAUUAGAAUAUAUCAGGGCCUCUAUUAAUAAAGCAUCUCACUGCUGAUCUAAGAUCAGUUUUGCCUUAUAAAUCAUAAUGAAUUAGAUUACAUGGACGGGGGACUUCUCAGAUCAGCACUCUUACUCAGAGACAAUCUUGAUGAAUGUGGCCCCUGACCCUGUAUCAGUGUUUAGGGGACACUUGUACCUACUCCAUCCUUUAGCACCUCAAGUUACUGAGGCUCUGGGUCCACUGGAGACCGAGGUUUAAAUGCAUUUCCUGUGUUUUUAUUAUAGGAGGGAUUGGAGGACCAUGUCUCACUGUCAUGUGUCAAUGGAAAGGUUUAGCUACUGUGUGGGGGGGGGGGGGGGGGGGAAGAGGAGGAGAAGGGUUGAGAGAGAGGAAGCUGGAUGAAAAGAAAGGUGUUGGGGGAGAGCAGUAGAGGGGGAGAGCAGUAGAGCAGGGUGGUCUCGGGACCUCUCCACAGCCCUGAUUUAGACAUCACUCCCCUCCCUGGAGUCUCAUACAUCACACUUCCUCCUUACCCGCAUUACAGCACUAGUGUUUAGUGGACAGAGAACAAAACUGUCCCAAUGUGAUCCUCUACACCAGGUCUCUGCUUGAGAUACUGCGUGGUCUGUAACAGAGAUUGCUAAGAAGUAAUGCUAAAUAACUAGCAGUCUAUCUCACCAGCCGGUGUGUCUGGAGUCAUGAGCCUUGCAAUAUGACCAAACUGGGUAUGAGGGAAUACACCGUCCGGGGCUUAUACAACAGAGCUCAAUUGAGUGUUCAGUAGCUAGGGGAGAGAGAGGGGCGGACCGACACACUGUCCCCUCUUCUACAUUAUAGUAGCUUGAAGCAGGAGUUGUCAUUCUGCUGUCUCGCUCUGUCAGUCACCACCACCCCGCAUCCUCCUCCUUUUCUCCUUCUCCUCCAUCCCUGGCUGCAUCCCUCCAUCCAUGUAUCAUCCUCCUCUCCUGCAUGGCCUCCACCUGUUCUUGCCCUCCGGACUCAAGCCUCUCUGGACUCCAGAGGAUGUCUUUUGUUUUUGCUUAAUCGUUCUGCUAUUUUGUGGGUGGGGGGGACUGAGACUAAAGUGGACCUGCACACUGCACUCACACUGUUCAGGAGGAGACGUCAUUGGCACGUUGCCUCGAUGUUGCAGAGACCUUGUUGAAAUGUUGCUCUGACGUUAUUGGGGCGUUUGUGAGGGAAUGGGGACAGGAGCAGCUCAGAGGGAGAGUAGGAAACGCCAGUGACGUUAAACACUGCUGUUAGAGCCUCAGCACACACACACUCCCACACUCACACACUCCCACACUCCCACGUGCAAAAACACAUCACGUGGAAUACAUUUACAUUUACAUUUAAGUCAUUUAGCAGACGCUCUUAUCCAGAGCGACUUACAAAUUGGUGCAUUCAACUUAUGUAAGCCAGUGGGACAACCACUUUUUUUUUUAUGUGGGGUAGAAGGAUUACUGUUAUACUAUUCCAGGUAGUGCAGACUACUGACAUCAUCCAACCCCUCCUCUUCUUCUCUCCCUCCCUCCUCCCUCUUGUCCUCUCUUGCUUUAUUUCCCCUUUUUUUCCCUCUCCAUCUGCUUUCCUCCACCUGUCUCAUCCUCUUAUUCUUCUCUCUCUCUCUCCUCUCCCUUCCCUCCCUCCUACAGAACCCUCUAUGGUCCCGUCCAACGCGGGCGUGGUGGCAGGUGCUGUGAUUGGCUCCCUUCUGGUCCUCCUCCUCGUCGCUGCCCUUAUUGCCGUCCUGGUCACCCGCAGCCGCCGGCAACAGCAGGGUUACCGCGGCAACCCAAACCACAGCUCCUACGACAUCAAGUCACGCAUCUUCGGCAGUGGCAAGAAGGGGAGCAAGAACGGGACGGGUGCUGGCGCCGGGGGCAACGGGGCGGGCGGCAACAACAACAGCCCCAUCUACGUCUACAGGGAGGGCUCCGCCCAUGAUGGCAUGACUGAGAAGGCCAAUCACCACGUGCCGCUACACCUAGGGGGGCGUGGUGAGGGUGGGGUUGGGACGGCGCCCACGGCGCAGGACAUCCUGCUGAGCAGCGAGCUGGACGAGGCGGAACGGAGGAAGUUUGACCAGCUGGAGGACGACGAGGAGAGUUACGACCACUUCGGAGGGGGCGGGCCCAUCCUGCAGCUCCGCCCACCACAUGACCAGGAUGGAAUCAUUGGCGGUUACCUUGACGACGACAUGGAGUCUCAGCGCGACGGGUCGGUCAUCUCACGGACUGCCGUGUACGUGUAG